AUGGAGAUUACAAGACUCAAUAUCAUUAGUGAUUUCGUUUCACCAAUUUCCAAAAUGCCUCAAAUUUACUCUAGUUUCUGGAAAUGGGGAGCUUUAUUAUUAGCCUUAUACGCAACUUUUACGAGUCUUUUUGCAAGAAUCAAGCUCUAUGUUGUCCGCCUACAUUCAAUCAAACAUUCUUCCUCUCCGUACCUAAACAACGCCCCUAACUUCUCCGAUAACGACGACGACAACGAUGACGAUUGCUACAACUCUUUCUCAGCUAGAGACUCGGUUGAUAAAAAAAUCAACUCAAUUUUUGCAUGCAAUCGUGAAAACAAUGAUCAAACACCAUGCACAACUGAUCAAGACUAUAGAGUUGCUGGCUUAUAUUCGGAGUAUCGAGGCAACGUCGAUGAAUUUAAAAUUUCGGAUUUAUUCACAUUCGGGAAGAGCGUGGUGAAGCAAUGGGAUCAUUUAGGUUUAGGUCUAGGUUUAGGGUUUCAAGAAAAUUUUACAAGUGAAUUUUCCACUUAUGACACAUUAUGUGGAAAUGAGAAUUUGUGCUCAAUCUUUGACGUGACACGUCAGAUUCCGGCAGCGUCUGCCCUAUUUCCGGCGACUAUUUAUUUAACGGAGAUAAGUAAAAGCGGUGACGGCGUUAAGAUAGGUGCUUAUGACCGGAGAAUUAGGGCGCAAAACCCUGUUAUGUACGCUGAGUGGGGUUCAAGUUUUGGAAAGGUGGUGGGUGUGAGUUGCGGCGGCGUUGAAAAAGUGUACGUCAAGCAUGGCGGCGCGUGGACGGUUGGUGAUAUGAGGAGUUUUAGGAGUCCUUUGAAAGUUUUUAAUACCGCGUUAGAGUAUUAA